UAACAUGAAAAUAGUACCACAUACGCACAACCAUUAUAAACAAGGUUUCGAGGUGAAAUUGGAAUAUAUAUUAUUGUGUACAGCUCGUUUUACCACAAAACACUCUCCUGUUGAUCAAGACGCGCCUGCCCAAGGCACGCAGUUCAAAAACUGGAAGCGGAGUGAUACAGUAGGCUACACGAUCGUUCUACCCAGUUGUCAAACCGAGGGAGCGUACCUUUGAGCGAACAUGUCGCAUAGGCUGGGAAUGAAUAGAGAAAUUGGAGCAAAUAGCAGUAAAAUGAUGUGCUGAAAAAAUGUUUUAAAUACGGGGUCUAUAUUAUUGGUUUGAUUGCCGUGGUUCCAUUGCAACUGAGGAAGAUCUUUUCUGUUUGCUCUCUUGGACGAUAAAAAUAUGAUUAUUAUAGUACUCCGUUACAGUGCCUAAGUUGUCAUUGAGCUGUCGGGGCGUGGUGGCAUGCGAUCCCCCUGAGUGAGACACCACCCUCCAGAGGUGACAGCAGGCAGGACAGGCAGCAGGAUGCCAGUGCAGGCAGCCCAAUGGACAGAGUUCCUCUCCUGCCCCAUCUGCUACAAUGAGUUUGACAGCAAUGGCCACAAGCCCAUCAGUCUGGGCUGCUCGCACACCGUGUGUAAGACCUGUCUGCACAAGCUGCACCGCAAGGCCUGCCCCUUCGACCAGACAGCCAUCAGCACUGACAUCGACCUCCUGCCUGUCAAUUGUGCCCUGCUACAGCUGGUGGGAGCUCAGGUCCUGGAGUCCCAGCCUGUGACUCUGAGCAGUGCUGUGGAGGUAGAGCACUAUGAGGUGUGCAGGGUGUGUGUGGAGGAGCUGGCUCUCUAUCUCAAACCCAUCAGUGGAGGAAAAGGUGUGGUGACCCUCAGUCCGAGCGCGCUCAGUCGACCCAUGCAGAGGAAGCUGGUGACACUGGUCAACUGCCAGCUGGUGGAAGAGGAGGGGCGGGUACGUGCGGUGCGGGCGGGCCGGUCGCUAGGGGAACGUACCGUCACAGAGCUCAUCCUGCAGCACCAGAACCCACAGCAGCUCUCUGCCAACCUCUGGGCCGCUGUCAGGGCACGGGGAUGCCAGUUCCUGGGGCCUGCGAUGCAGGAGGACGCUCUGAAGCUGGUGUUGCUGGCCCUAGAGGACGGCUCAGCUUUGUCCAGGAAGGUACUGGUGCUGUUUGUGGUCCAGAAACUGGAAGCUAGGUUCCCUCAGGCCUCCAAGACCUCCAUCGGACACGUGGUCCAACUGCUCUACAGAGCCUCCUGCUUUAAGGUAAGACACAUUUCUAUUGUAUUGUAUAUUAUGUUGUACAUUGUGGGCAAUGUUUGCUCUCACGUGCACUCUCCUCCAAAGACGCCUGUCAACCACUCCUCAGCUCCUUCUCCCCAUGGUCCGGGGUCUAGGGUAGAGUGUGGCUCUGGUCAUGCCAAACAAGGGCACUUCCUAAUGAGAGGACCCCCUCACCAGCCUCCUCCCCACCAGCCUCAGUCCUCUGAACUGUACUACCAGGACCCCCGGCCUCCCUACGACACACAACCCUACCAGCCAGCCAGUAACUACUACACCGCUACAAUGCACCACCACAAACCCUGCAUGGCCCGCUUCCUGCGUUCCAGCCACGUCCUCGAGUCCUCUCUGCCGCCUUCCAUGGCCCCUCCCUACUCCGAGCAGCACCCCUCCUUCCCCCCAUCACGGGAGCGCUCGGGUCCUUCUCCCUACGGCCCCCCGCCGGCCCCCCAGUACGGGCCCCUGGCCCCGGCCCAUGGUGGCUACGCCCCCCUGUAUGACAGUCGGCGUAUGUGGAGGCCCCAGCUGUACCACCGCGAGGACGCCAGGAGUAACUCGCUGCCUCCAGAGGUGCUGCACUCUUCUGUGUACCAGCCCCCCCUCCGAGAGAGAUACGCCUCCCUGGACAGCCCCUACUGCUCGGCGGGGGAGCACAGAGCAGCGCUGCACAGGGACUCUUAUGGGCGUGUUCCUCUUGGAUACGAGGAUCUGUUCAAGCGGAAACAGGAGCAAUGGGCACACCAUCACCACGGCAACAUGAACAGGCCCUCCCAGUCCUCCCCCGUCUUCACCGUAGACUUUGGUGCAGAGCAUGACAGUGGAGGUGAUCAGUGUAUGAACUGUAAGUACCGUGGUGAGGAGCGUCUGGCCCACUACUCUCCCUGGUCCUGUGGAACCAUCAGUACCUGCAUCAGCCCCUUUGAACCAGAGCAUCACAACGCCUCAGCUCACUCCUGCUCCGAACACUCAGAAGUAGAUAAUGGUGAAAGGAAGCGGUGGCUCCACACAUUUGAGCCGUACCGUCGUCUGAAAGACGAGGAUCCCAUCAUCCCAUUUGGAGAGGGACCCAUCAUCUCUAAAUGGGGGGCUAUCUCCCGCGCCUCCCGUACAGGGUACCACACCACUGACCCCGUCCAGGCCACCGCCUGCCAGGGAAGCAACAGCACCACCCCCAUCAACUUCAGAGAUUAUGGUCCACACAUCGGUCACGGGGACUACAGGUGGAGCUCCCGUGGGUCUGACUCGUCCAGCCACUCUAGUUUCCUAGAGAGUGACCAGCUGGGAGUGUGUGAGCUUUCUGCCCGUGAGCGGUCCUUCAGCAGUGGAGAGAAGGCUGGUGCAGGGGACCUGCUGCAGACUGACUACUGUAAGGACACGACGGAGAGCGAACCGGACAGAGACAUUGAGCUGGAGCUGUCUGUACUAGACAUGGAGGACGUUGACCUGCAGGACAACAGUCAACAAUCUGAGGAGUCCCUUGAGCUAAGGGACCCCCAUCUCCUCACCCCUCCCAGCAGUGAACCCCAGAUGAGCCAGACAGACAAGCUGUCCACUGACAAGAUGGAUGCUCACCUGCUGAAGAAGAUGGCCUUCAGGAAGUCUCUCUCCCCUGGCGGUCUGGGCUCAGGAGGCCUCAGUGUGGGGAAGCUGAUGAUGAGAACCGGCUCUCCAAGGCUUGGGGACAUGGGCCCUCGCCCCAACACAGGCCCUGAGAUGCUGCUCAACGGCAGUUGAGAGGGCAGAGACACUCCACCGCUACAAAGCUCCUACAGCUGCUGUCACAGUAACAUCUUAGGGUCGUAUAGGCCUGUAUCAUCAGACACCGAUCAGGUCCCCCCCCCCCCCUAAUAUCACUAGUAACAAGGGUACAUGCUGUACAGUAUGCUCCUUCAGACGACAGCGGGUGUCGUUUUCCAACGUGACAAAGAGAGACUUCUGGUUUCGACACAAACACCAAUAGGCUCCAUCGUAUUUCCUCUUUUCUCACCCGGCAGGGUUUUCAAUCAAUUGGUUUCUUGUUUUUUGUUGUUGUUAUUGGUUUUGAUCGUGUGUUUGUUUGUGUGACCUGCUCGCUCUCCACUGCCUUCAGGGAUGGCGAUGAUGGUGUUUAAAAUGCUUCACGUGGCAUCCAAUGGUCUUCUAUUCAUUAGUUCUACAAUGUUUACAAGGUGACGAAGGUGCUCGGCACUAUUGGGUGUGAAGGCUAUCAGUAUCUGUUGAUAUUGGAUGACAAUAAUAACAAUACAAUACUAUGUAUCUGUAGUCAUAGGAAUGAUAUUUGCAUGUCGAAAAUUCCAAGUCUUUACUUUCAAAAGGAUAGUGCUAAUUGAACAGGGUUUUUAGGUCAGGAAAGAUGUUUUUUUUUUUUUUUUUUUAAGGAACAGGAAGAAGACUGUUACCCUGUGUGCAGUGUCAUUUGUUGGUCUCAAGCAUUUCAUAGACGAGAUUCAAGAUGAUGACGAUCAGUCGGAUAUCUCACCGAUGUCACCGCAGUCACGUGUGUGCACAAUUGUGGCCUUUCUUCUUUUUUUUUAGCUGUUUGUAAAAUAUCCUCUUAUAUUUAGGCCUAGCCAUCGGGUUCAUUCAUGGAAAACACCAAGAAGUCCAACAUGUAUCAGCAAUCCUAAAUAUGAUCGACAGAUGCCACCGUCAAUUAUUGCUAUAGUCUGAGCAGCUGCGUCCAGUGAUUUGAAUCGCACUUAUCCACCGUACUGUAUAUGAAAUAACACAUCAUACUGACAUUUAUCUGUGCCCUGGAAUCUCAUGACAUAUCAGCUCUUUUUAGUUCUGUGCACCAAACUCAUAACCUGGGUUUACUAUAACAGAGGAUCAGCAAAUCACCGGGUGAAUCUAGUGUUCCUUUUCAUGCGGUCUUUGUUUUGUCUCUGUUCUAACUUUUUACAAAAUGUGUUUCGUUUUUUGUUUUCUUUGAAGCAUUGCUAACUUCCGUGAAGUUGUUUGUCGAAAUAUUUUGUAUCAGGAUCUCUGUUUUGUUUUGUUUUUGGUUGUCGUUUUUUGUUUGUUAAAGAAAUGAAACCAAUUCAUCAGUCUGUCUCUAUGUUCGUGUUUCGGUCAGAGUUUUUCCUGCUGGUCAACGGUCAAACCGAUACAGUCCGUCCUUGUUUUGUGAUCGCUAUAAUUGUUCAUGCAUUGGCCUAAAAGGGUCAGUGUUAUUUUACUGCAGUUUUGUGCACUGAACGUUCUGUUUGCUGUCUUCUCCUGCCUGUGGGGGUGAAGAGAUUUGGGUGAUGCUAAGUGUUACAGCACUUAGGAAAACUCUCCUAUUUAUAAUAGGGUUUAUUUUUUUACGGUCUGAAAGGAGGCAGACAGGUCUAGUGAGUGAGACACAACUUGACCAGUGUUUCCUGACCCUUAAGGACUGCCCUACAGACAUACAGGCAUACAGUAUAUUCCCUCUCUCACAAGGACUGUCGAUGGUCAAUACUUUAUAAACCUACUGUAAGCAUUACUCGCCUAAUAUAUUUCUGUUGUUUGUUCCCUUUUCCUGUAUAAGACUUUGACUCAAGAAGUCUUCUUAGUGCCAUAUUAUGUACAAUCAAUCACUUGAGUUCCUCGUUGUCUCAACAGGGCCCUUUGGUGGGCACACAUAGGAGGUCUGGCCCCAAAGGAGACAUGGCAGCGGCGUCUCUUAAGGUUUAGAACUGGUCAAGCUGAAGGGUAGUAUAGUGUUGUGAUUAUAGGCUGCUCUGCCUCCUGUAGUUCAGGUUUGUUCCAGCAGGGAGUACUAGAGCCCAGUCUCUGCAGCCCUCAGGGAGGAGUUCUAUAGCUAAGCUACUGAUCCGACCGCAUCUUCAGCACUGAAUAUGAUGGGUGAUGAGCGCAAGUGUUUACAUGAACUAUCUUGUUUAAUGUAACUUUUCACCACAUAAAUGUGUUCAAGGAGUGAUUUAUCAUUUUGCUAUGAUGUUUAUUUUCUUUGUUUUUAUUCAAUACUAUAAUAACCCUGGUGGGAAGGGGUUGGGUACAAUAAGAACAUUAUUGGGAGUUAUGUAGAUAGAAUGCUUCCCCUGUGUGUUCCAGUGCCUGUCUAAUGAGGCACUGGUGUAAGGAUCUGAUCGCACCACACUUCCCACCCCAUCACUGCCAGAUGUUCUUAGUACCCACUAUUCAGCCAGUGUAACCCUACACCCCCAGGUCAUGCAUGCUAGUCCCUCUUGUUGUCAUGGCGAAGGAGGAAUGAUUCUGUAGUUGUGAUACAACACACCCAGAGCUGUAAGUGUUCUUCACAUGCCCACUGUGUGGCCACGCCAAGUAUUGUAGUCUGCCUGCAGCAUUUUACUGUUUUAACGCUUUUGAAAUGCUUUAUGAUUGAUUAUGAUCAAUUUAUUAUUACGAUUACUUACUUACUACCAUCAUUGGUUGUGUUGUAGUAUUUUUCUCUGGAUGUAGUAUUUUUUGCUUCAGUAGAAUUUUGAAAAUUUGCUGAAUAGUUAACAAAGUUAGCAGAGAAUGGUUUAAUGUAAGCCGGGAAACAUUUGCCUAUUUGUUAAUUGUGCAACUAUGAUGAAACUGAUGUUUGAAUAUUUAUGUCUGUAUUAGACAUUUUCUUUGCAAAUCUAUUGUUCGAUUGAAAUUGAAAUGAAAUUAAAGAUGGUGCACACAUCCAUCAUUAUUUUCUACAGGUGGCACCAUCGUUAGAUGGACUUACUGCUAAUUUACAACAAUAUGUAAUCAGAUUUCAAUAAAUAUGACAAAUAAAUGUUCAGAAAGAGGGAACUCUUGAGACAACCUAAAAAUGUCCACGUACAUAAAUAAUAUGUAUUCCAUUUAUUUCAUUUGAAAUAUCACUUUGUGAAAGGUUUUCUUUCGCUUAUCUAAUGGCAUUGCAAGGCAGGGUUUAGUUUGAUCUGCUGUACAUACAGUAUGUGUUCAGAUGUGACCAGCCAACUGCCUGACUUGUUGAUUCUCUUUGUUUCCUGUUUGCUCCUUCACUGUCAGCGUGGCCAAGCAGAAUACUCUGAUACUAUUUGGAUGAAUCAGUAUUACCUGUGAAAUCAGAGGGAGAUUUCAGUACCUGAAACAUUGCAUGCUAAAAUAAAUGAAAAAACCAAACGAAUAA